GGGCCGCCGCCGCCUGCGGCCGCCGCCGCUGCUGCUGGAGGAGCCGGCGGGGGGAAGCCGCCAUGGAACAAAAGAAGCGCUGAGCCGAGCGGCGGCCGUGGCGGCGGCACCACCGUCGUCGCCGUCGCCGCCGCCGCUCCUGCUGCCAGCGCCUCGCCUCAAGCCCCGCAAGAGGCGGAGGAGGAAGAAGAAGAGGAGGAGGAAGAGGAGGAGGCCGUCGUCCUCGCCGCCGCCGCGGGAGAGCCGGCAGCAGCAGCAGCAGCAUGUCGCCCAGGAGGGCCCAGUAGCCGGAGCGCGUCGCCCCUUCCUCCUCCUUCUCCGCCCGCCGCCGCUGCCGGCGGCCUAGCCGAGGCCAUGCCGAGCGGCAGUGCCUCGCCGUCGCCUCAGGAGGAGCCGCCCGAACUGGCGGGGCUGCUGCUGCCGCCCAGGCCGCCGCCGGGCCUGCUGCUCCACUACCACCACCAUCCGCUGCUGCUGCCGCCGCCGCCGCCUUCGCCGCCCCUGCCGGACGCGCCGCUGCUGAGGGACCGCCUGGCCGGCUUGGGCCUCGGCGAGGCGGCUCCCGUUCCGUCGCUGGAGCGCCCGGAGGAGGAAGAGGAGGGCGGCGGCGAGGAGGAGGCCCCCGAGGGCGGCGGCGACCUGGAGCUGGACUUGGAGGAGCCGCCUGACGAGGUGGACGACGACGACCGAGGAGGAGGCGGCGGCGGAGAGGACUUGCUGCUGGAGGCCGGCGGCGGCGGCGUCCCGGCGGCUUCUCUCCUGCUGCUGCCUCCGCCGCCGCCGCCGGCCUUACCCCCCGGGCUGGGCUCGGUCAUGCUGCCGCCGCCCCUCUCUGCCGGCUCGGCCUUCGAGGCCCAGGAGGCGGCGCUCGGCGGGGCGCUGUACGGGCCCGGCGACGAUGCCCACCACGGGGGCGUGAUGGCGGCGAUGCUCUCGCAGGGCUACGGGCCGCCCGGAGGAGGUGUGGCGGCAGCGGCGGCGGCGGCCGGGAUCCCUCCGGUGCCGGCCUUGAACGGCGAGCAGGCGGCGCUGCUGAGGAGGAAGAGCGUCAACACCACCGAGUGCGUGCCGGUGCCCAGCUCCGAGCAUGUGGCCGAGAUUGUGGGGCGGCAGGGUUGCAAAAUAAAGGCAUUGAGAGCCAAGACAAAUACCUACAUCAAGACCCCUGUCCGCGGAGAAGAACCCAUUUUUGUCGUCACUGGGCGCAAAGAAGAUGUAGCCAUGGCCAAAAGGGAAAUUCUUUCUGCUGCUGAACACUUCUCCAUGAUUAGAGCUUCACGUAACAAAAAUGGCCCAGCAUUGGGAGGACUGUCUUGUAACCCCAACCUACCAGGCCAAACUACAGUCCAGGUCAGGGUGCCUUACCGUGUUGUGGGGCUGGUGGUUGGCCCCAAAGGCGCUACAAUCAAGCGGAUCCAGCAGCAGACCCACACCUACAUAGUUACUCCCAGUAGAGACAAGGAGCCAGUAUUUGAGGUUACCGGUAUGCCUGAAAACGUAGAUCGUGCUCGCGAAGAGAUAGAAAUGCACAUCGCCAUGCGCACUGGAAACUACAUUGAACUGAACGAAGAAAAUGAUUUCCAUUAUAACGGUACGGACGUGAGCUUUGAAGGAGGGAACCUGGGAUCUGCCUGGCUUACUUCCAACCCAGUACCUCCUCCAAGCCGCACUAGGAUGAUUUCUAAUUUCAGAAAUGACAGCUCCAGUUCUUUAGGAAGCGGCUCCACUGAUUCCUACUUUGGAAGCAAUAGGCUGGCUGACUUCAGCCCAACAAGUCCAUUCAGCGCAGGCAACUUUUGGUUUGGAGAAACGUUGCCUUCUGUAGGUGCGGAGGACAUUGCAGUUGACUCUCCUGCGUAUGACUCCUUGCCGACGCCUUCUCAAACCAUCUGGACACCCUUUGAACCCGUUAACCCGCUCUCCAGUUUUGGUAACGAACCUGCUAGUAACGUGAAGGCUCCACGGAGAGGGAGUCAGCCAUCCACUCCUCGCCUGUCGCCUACAUUUCCCGAAACCUUGGAACAUCCGCUGGCAAGGAGAGUCCGAAGCGAUCCACCCAGUACAGUCAGCCAGGUUGGCCUUCCGAUCUACAUCCCUGCUUUCUCCAAUGGUACCAACAGCUACUCUUCUUCCAAUGGUGGCUCCACAUCUAGUUCCCCUCCAGAGUUGAGACGGAAGCAUGACUGCGUGAUAUGCUUUGAGAACGAAGUAAUUGCCGCCCUGGUUCCGUGUGGCCACAACCUGUUCUGCAUGGAAUGUGCCAGUAAGAUCUGUGAAAAAGACGCACCCACGUGUCCAGUUUGCCAGACAGCUGUUACUCAGGCGAUUCAAAUUCACUCUUAAAUAUAUAGAGAUAUUAUAUAUGGACUUUUUAAACUCUUAAUGGCUUGGAUGUAAUGGUACCCCCUAAGUAAACUUAUAAUGAACUCAGACUGUUAUUGGGCUUUCUUGAGAUUAGGCUAAUGUUGUUUGAAAAGGCAUGUAGUCUCUUUUUUUCUUUUUCUUUUUUGGAAAAGGUAUGUACAGUUUAACACUAAGCCUAGCCAGUCUUUGUCCAUUUUGGUUGCAGCUGUGGCACCUGUAGCAGAGUUCUGGAAUGAAGUUGCGAGACGAUAGGCGGGUCAGGAACUUGGAACAGUUUCAGAACAGAAUGGAGCGUGAGGCUUCGCAGGUCAUGACAGCAAAAGUCUGACACAGCCCUGAAUGUAGAAACUGUCGGUUUAUAAGAGGGAAGGGUACAAAGGAUUAUCAAUGUAUCAAACACACUUCCAAUGCUGCCUUCUUUACACUGCCAGUUUUUCAAAACAGGUUUGGGGGCGCUUCCUCCUCCUCCCCCCCCCAUUACAACAUAGGCUUAAUUAACCUAAUGUUGCAAAUAAUUUUAUGAUGCACAAUUUGAUUUCCUGGCAUUCAGCAAGUAGCGUAGCGGUAACUUUUAUUAAUGUGAUCAUUGUUCAUAAGGGGGACAGGGGACAGGGCAAAAUGGUAUGAAUAGACCACCUUCUCCUCCAAUAUGCAAAUGGGGCAUCUUAAGAGAAUCAGGAAUGUGUGGGUCUUCCAUUGCUGAAGCAUGGGACAGUCUGCCUUGCCUCGAUCAGUGCUAAGGGCAACGCAAACAAAGAGCCCCCCUCCCCCCCCAGUAGCUGGCCUUCCCAUUAAUUUCAAGGGAGGGUGUUGGUUUUGCGUUUUGUAUCCAUAGAUUGGCUCACCCCGUUGAGAGUAGGGGGACCCCUCUGCUUGCACUGGAGCACUCACGCUGUGUUCAACCCACACCACACAUGGAAUCCAUGUGAAAAGCUGUGGUGUUUUCCGAGCAGCCUAUCAAGUGUCUCUUCCUUACCCCCCCCUUCUCCGCCCCCAGUCUGCUUCAGAGGAGGGGGCGUCUGCUGGGAGGACAGCUGUCGGGUCUUUGCACCCUUUGUAUCUGAUAGCGAGGAUGCUAACAUUCCAUUGGCUAGUUUGAUCAAGCUGUUCUUAAAUUAACUAUUUUAGAGAUUAUCAGAGUUCAAAAAAUGUGAAUCAUUUUUAUGUUUCAACCAUAACUUGCACAUUAUGUGAAGCAUGUAUUUUAUUUUUAGUAAUGUAAAAGGGGGGACGACGACAGAGAAUCAGUUACAUUAUGCUCUUGUAUCAUUCAUGAGAGCAGCUGUGACUGUGGCCCAGCGAGGGGUUUAUCUCAUUUCAAAUCCACCCAUCUUCCCCUUUGCAAGUCAAUACGAGCUUCUCCCCGUUCCUUUCCUUUGUGUUUUCUUUACAUUUCAACCUGUGGAUGUUUUCUUGCUUCUUCAUACUCAGAAUGUUCCCAAAUCUGUGCUGGCAUUUGAAAAAAGAACACUCAGAAGUUCUGAUGGAUUUCUUUAUUUUUUUAUUUCUCUCUCUCUCUUUUCCUUUUGGAGCAAUACCUUCUCAAGUUGAAACAAACAGAUUCCCCCCCCCUCCCCUCAGUAUAGCAAAUUCUAUGUGUAUUGAACUAGUAAAUAUACAGAAAUCUUUAUUUUUUAUUUCCACUUGAAAGGGUUACAUUUCGUAUUAAAAAAAGUUUACAGAUAACGGUUUUUAUUUUAUGAUUUUUUCCAGUAUAAAAGUUGCCUUGAUGGCAUAUUAUUAUUAUAAUAUUAUUAUAUUAUGAAAUGCAUAACUUUAACGCUAACAGCUUGUAGGAUAGUUUAAAUGUCAGUAUUGAAACCUUAAUCUUUAGCUGCAGUCUUGUAGAUAUGAACAAUCUCGUUCACCGAGCAUGUAUUUUGUACUCUUGCAUUGUACACUGCAACUAAUAAGCCAAGGAGUCGACAGACAUUAGGCGCGUGUACCGUUUCUAUAAACCACAGACUCAAGAAUGACAAAGCUCUCAAUAUAGUUUAGUAUUUGCUAAUUUUACUACACUCUUUUUGUUAUGUAUAUGUAGGGGGGUCAUAGGGAUUAUAAAUUCAAUUUGAGUAAAUUUAAAAAAAGACAAACCAUAUAUUUUAUGAUAAAGGGCCUUUAACUUAUGGUGGCCAAAGCACUGAUAUUAUAUAUUUGCUGUAAAGAGAAUUAUAAGAGUUUUAUUUUUCUGAUAUUAAAAGUUACUUAAUAAAGACUUGUUUCCAUUAA